UCUUCCGCUGUGCCACGGAACGUCUUCUAAAUGGCCGACCAAAACAUUUUACUGGGAUUCUACAUUGCCCUUUUUAUUCUCCUAGAAAUGUUAUAACGAUAAGAAUACACUAUUAUACUAAACAAUCCUUCCUGCCAACACAGUUUUAGAUUUAUUUUCCUGAUACUUGUUAUUAUUUUGGAGUUUUACUUUUCCUUGGUUCGUCAUUGGUCGUAAAACACCGGAUAUUGAUUUGUUUGUUGUAGCUAGCCGUAAUGCUAGCUAACCAAAAACGCAAUGACAGCACCUUCACGAAAGAACGUCGAAUAGCGCAUUGUUUUGUCCUAAAAGCCGAUUUAGGUGCACUCUGUGAAGGUGGACGUAACUGUCUUCCCACAGAAACACUGUAGGCCGAGUGAUGUGAUGUUUAUUUUCGGUAACGUCAGUGUUGUCGACGUCUAACAGAUGAUCGAGGUGGUGGCCUCGAUGGCCAGGGGCCCCGUUUUUCUCUCCGGGGAGCUCCUGGAGUGUCGCAUAACUUUUACCAACCCGAUGUCCCACCUGUCCACCUCUGCCAGCUGUGAAAUGCUGGCAUGGGCCAGUGCCCAGAUCCACUGCCAGUUUCAUGCCAGUGAGAGCAGAGUGGCCUUGCCGGCACAAGGAAACAAACACGACGUCCAGGCUGAGAGCAACACAGUGCUCAUUCCAAGCAGAGGAGAGAGAGGUCAGUGUGUUCUCGACACACCACCUAAAAUAUUAUUCUGUGACCUACGCCUGGACCCCGGGGAGAGCAAAACCUAUUCAUACAGUGAGAUGGUACCCGUAGACGGUCCUCCUAGCUUCCGUGGCCAGGCGGUGAAAUACGUCUACAAACUGACCAUCGGCUGCCAGAGAGUCAACUCGGCUAUCAAACUGCUCAAAGUUCCUUUCAGAGUGCUGGUUCUGCAAGGCAUGCCGGAGCCUCCAUUCCCCCAGGAUGAGGAGGUUUCCCCCUCCAACCCGUUCCUGGAGGAGGAGGAAGCGAGCCGCAGGGAUGCUCGCCCUUUGGAGAGAGCUUUGGACAUGCUGAUGGUCACUACCUCCAGACGCUGCCCCCACAUGUUUAACAUCACCAACGUGCGUGGCAAAGUGGCAAAGUUCUGCAUCUUCAAGACCGUUUACAGACUCGGGGAGGACAUCAUCGGUACCUUCAACUUCUCCGAGGGAGACAUUCCCUGCUUGCAGUACUCGGUGAGCCUUCAGAAUGAGGAGGAGAUCCAGCAGCAGUACCAGCGGCGCCCCGGUCAGGUCAUCAGCGUGACUGGACACGGGCGACACAUGGAGUCCUGCCUCCACACCGCCUCCAGCCAUUUCUCUGUCCCCAUCCCCCUCAACGUCACACCGGGCUUCAGCACAGACAUAGUGAUGCUGAGGUGGCGCCUUCACUUUGAGUUCGUCACCGCCCGGGAGCCUAUGGAACCGCCCAUAGUUCUGCAGAACCAAUCAGAGGUCACAGUUUGGGCAGGGUCAGAGCAUGUUGACGUGGAUACCUUCAGCUGGGAUCUGCCAAUCAAAGUCCUGCCCACCAACCCGGCCUUGGCAUCCUACAUGUCCCACUUCACGGGGACCAACAGCAUUACUAUUUGAUCUGUAUGUGUGUGAGAUUGUGAACAAAAUAGUCACUAGUUAACCUAUUUUUGACUGUGAGUGUGUGUGUGUCUCUGUGUGUGUGUGUGUGUGUGUGAGUGUGUGUGUGUGUGUGUGUGUGUGUGUGUGUGUGUGUGUGUGUGUGUGUGUGUGUGUGUGUGUGUGUGUGUGUGUGUGUGUGUGUGUGUGUGUGUGUGUGUGUGUGUGUGUGUGUGUCAUUGAGCCUUGUAUUUUUUAGGAGAGAACAGAGAUAUUCAUUUCAAAAGGAGCAUUAUUGUUGUGGUUUCUAUGCCAGUGAUGGAUUUCAUAUGUAUAUUAUGCAACUUAUGUCAUGCCUUUUUCCGUAUGCAAUAUGCAGUGCUUCUUAACUUCAAAUACUGUUUUUGUUUUUUUGGACCUCAUGUUGUGCAACAGUCUUUGGGGUUUAUGCAUAUUUGUAUAUUUAUUUCAUUUAUGAU